AUGAUUAUGCAAGGCCUAUUUGCUAUCUUUUUCUUAUGUUUUGUUGCUUUCUCACAAGCUAAACCUAUUUUUAACGUACUCAAGUAUGGUGCUUCAGGAGAUGGCCACACUGAUGAUUCUCAUGCUUUUGAGAAAGCGUGGAGAGAUGUUUGUAAGGCAAAAAAGGGGAAUCCAACACUUCUUGUACCAAAGGGAAGAACGUUUAUGUUGCAACCUAUGGUUUUCCAAGGUCCUUGCAAGUCUUCUUCCAUUAAUUUUAAGAUUCGAGGAAUCAUAAGUGCACCAAAGGAAUUAAAAGGUUGGAGAUGGCGAAGCAGUGAAAGAGGAGCAUGGAUUCAGUUUAUGUACAUAGAUGGUUUUGUUGUCAAAGGUGGAGGAGCUCUUAAUGGCCAAGGUGCUCCAUGGUGGGACUGUUUCCAAAAGUUCAGAUGUCAAAGGCCUCGAGCUGUAUCAUUCCAUGCAUGUGAACACCUUAAACUUAGGAGGGUGAAGUUGGUUAACAGCCCAGGAGGUCACAUAUCCUUAAACGGUUGCAAUGGUUCCAUUGUCUCCAAUAUUCAUCUUGUUGCUCCUGACGAAAGCCCUAACACUGAUGGCCUUGGCAUCUCUGGAUCAUCCCAUGUCAAAGUCCGAAAUUCUAUCAUGGAAGUUGGUGAUGACUGCAUUACCAUUAAUGGAGGUUCCAAUAUGAACAUUAGCGGUAUCUUCUGUGGACCUGGUCAUGGCAUAAGCAUUGGAAGCCUGGGAAAAGGUGGAACUUAUGGCGCAGUGGAAGAGAUCCAUGUCCGUAACUGCACCUUCACCAGAACUUCAAAUGGAGCAAGAAUCAAGACUUGGGAGGGAGGAUUUGGGUAUGUCAGAAAGAUAAUAUUUGAGGACAUCAUAUUGAAAGAUGUUCAGUACCCAGUGCUCAUCAACCAAUACUACACUGCUUUUGCUGCAACUGGUGGCAACAAAAAGGCUAUAAAAAUCAGUGACAUUACAUAUAGGAAUUUCCGAGGAACUUCAUAUUUUGAGGAAGCAAUCAAAUUGAUGUGUGACAAUGUUGUAGGAUGCACUAACCUUGUCUUGGACAACAUCAAAAUUACAUCGUCUAAUCCUAAAAUGAAGACCAGGUCGUCUUGCUCAAAUGCACACGGCAAAAGUUCUGCCUCCAACAUUCCUCAAGUUUCAUGCCUAAAGUGA